UUAUUUUGUAUCCGGACGUGGUCCCCCAACACUUUCAGAUCUCUCCAAGCGUUCCGUGCAUCAUGUUGACCAGGUCCAUUUUAUCCGUUGCCGUGUGUGGCCUCCUCCUGUCGCCCCUCCUGCCCAUCACCCGUGCGUCCCAGGAGGAGGACACCGGCAAACAGGACAAGCAGUUCACCGUGGAACUGGACCCAGAAACCUUCGACACUGCGAUUGCCGGCGGCAAUGUCUUCGUCAAGUUCUUUGCUCCAUGUUUUCAUAGCGCCCGGCUCUCACGUCUUAUCAAGAAGCCAUCGCAAUGCCUAUGAGCUAAUUUGAUUAGGUUCAAUUAUGAUGCUAGAAAGUGCCCUGCGAUUAGAGGAGGGAGUUUAAGGAAGCUCGAAAUGCGAUUCGGCGGCUCUAGCAACCAGAUGAUAAACUCUUUGUUCGGGACAAAGCGCCAAGUCUUAUCGCUGUUCAUUGUUUUGUGUUCCUUUGUAUUUGGACGGGGAAAACAAUGUGCGGCCAUUGCAAGCGUAUUCAGCCGCUGUGGGAACAGCUGGCCGAGAUCAUGAAUGUGGAUAACCCCAAGGUGAUCAUCGCCAAGGUGGACUGCACCAAGCACCAGGGACUCUGCGCCACGCACCAGGUUACCGGCUAUCCCACACUGCGCCUCUUUAAGCUGGGCGAAGAGGAAUCGGUCAAGUUUAAGGGCACUCGCGACUUGCCCGCCAUUACCGAUUUCAUCAAUAAGGAACUGAGCGCACCCGCUGAGGCGGAUCUGGGCGAGGUCAAGCGCGAGCAGGUCGAGAACCUUAAUAUUGGCAAGGUGGUUGACCUUACCGAAGACACCUUUGCCAAGCACGUGUCCACCGGCAAUCACUUUGUCAAAUUCUUUGCACCCUGGUGCAGUCAUUGUCAGCGUUUGGCACCCACGUGGGAGGACCUGGCCAAGGAGCUGAUUAAAGAGCCUACCGUAACUAUCUCGAAGAUCGACUGCACCCAGUUCCGUUCCAUCUGCCAGGACUUUGAGGUCAAGGGGUAUCCCACUCUUCUCUGGAUCGAGGAUGGCAAAAAGAUUGAAAAGUACUCGGGUGCUCGCGAUCUGUCCACGCUGAAAACGUACGUGGAGAAAAUGGUGGGCGUGCCACUGGAGAAGACCGCUGGCGAGGCCGGCGAUGAGAAGGUGGUUAUCGAGGAGGUUGCCGGCGAGGAGGACGCAGCCAAGAAGCUGACUCCACAACAGCUGACUGGCGAGGACGAGUUCGACCAAGCCAUUGCCGAGGGCGUUGCCUUCAUUAAGUUCUAUGCUCCGUGGUGUGGACACUGCCAGAAGCUGCAACCCACCUGGGAGCAGCUGGCCACGGAAACGCACCAGGCUCAGAGUUCCGUGAAAAUUGCCAAGGUUGACUGCACGGCGCCGGAGAACAAGCAAGUGUGCAUCGACCAGCAGGUGGAGGGCUAUCCAACUCUCUUCCUUUACAAGAAUGGUCAGCGCCAGAACGAGUACGAAGGCAGCCGCUCACUGCCGGAGCUGCAGGCCUAUCUGAAGAAGUUCCUCGGCCACGACGAGCUCUAAAGCAUCUGCCGGUUCACAGGGAAUCAGCAGUAGUCGAAUGAUCAAAUAAUCGCCCGCCAAAUUAAUUGUAAUCGUAAUUUUUCUUUCUCCAGCAUAAACCUCUGUGAGGAGUCCGCAUUUAAUCAAUAUAUCCAACAACACCCAAACGACAACGCGCUAGCUGAAAUUGAUAAAUUCAAUCUGAGUUCCUUUUACUUUUUUUUCGUUUUUGUCCCUCUUCCUUAGCUGUUUUUGUAGAAUUUUUUUUAUACUUAUUUGUUUAGUGUUUACGUAAAUGGGGCACGGGACUGUGUGCGCGAUGAUAAGCCAUUUAGCGAACUUACAUUUCAAUUUUAAAGUCAUUUUGAGUAGCCUACGUUUUAGGAAAAUUUGUCAACACAAAGCUAAUAAAUAUCAAUUGGAAAAC